GUGAGACGUGUCAGCAUAGAUGUUGAUGCGGUGAAGAGUGAUUGGAUGUUGUCCACGUGAUGUUAGGGUGUCGGUUUGUAGCAUGCGGACGUGGCUAGAGGAUCUUGAAGUUGCUGAUGACACAGUGUACUCGGGGAAGAUAUGGUCUCAUGUUGAUGACACAGCAUACUUGGGGAAGAUAUGUGACAGGUUGCGCGAGUCGAUCAACAACUCGCUUUCCUUUGGGCUGUACGGUCCGGACGGCCAGCAGGUGGGGUUCGUACGGGUGGUCUCAGACUACGUACGAUUUGCUUGGCUCAGCGAUCUUUACAUCUUGGAAGAGCAUCGUCACAAAGGCCUAGGGAAGUGGUUGGUGAGCACUGCGAUGGCGUACCACAUGGUGGCGGAUGUCGAUUGCUGGGUUCUGGCGUCAAGCAACGAGCAGGAGUUCUUCAGUAAGUUUAGUUUCGAAUCCGUAAGCGGUCCGCGAUUCAUGGCCCGAGAGAAGUUUGGCAACAGCAGUGGGGAGAAUGGGCUUGGCGACCUCGGCCUCUCAGCUAGCCGGAGGAGCAUUUUGGCGCUACCCAUGUCUGUAGCACCACUGAAGGUUAUAAGCCACCGGAAGCCGUCAAAUUUGGGCAAUUGCACCGAGAUACCUGGCUCCGAGUACUAGUGGUGAGAGCAGCGACCUCUCCCUGGCCCWCMWCGAUWCCGWGKACCUCGCGAUACACGAGUGKGAUCAACUCUCUCUCUCUCUCUCUCUCUCUCUCUCUCUCUCUCUCUCUCUCUCUCUCUCUCUCUCUCUCUCUCUYUCUCUCUCUCUCUCUCUCUCAUUUCCCCCCCGCUUCCCGGCGGGUUACAUGCGAUCCUCACCACCGUGGUCUUUGUUCUGUGCUUGAUCUAUUUCUGUGUGCGGUUCUUGAGUCCUUGCUGCAAUUGCUCUGCGCGCACUCUCGCACCGCCAGUUUUUGAGUCGCCUCCUCUGCCUGCUCUCUUGACGCUCACCUCAACAAACAAGUUCUUUGCAGCUUUGCUUCAAUUUUGCUUUUCCCACAAAGAGUUAUUCCGGGUGACCUCGUGAUGAACACUUCUUCCGGAAGUUUUUCAAUUGCUGUGGAGCUUCUUCGUGUUCAAGCUCUUCGAUGCAGCACUCGAAAGCUGUGCGGCGGCAGUGAGCACAUUUUCGCCUCAUGCUGCAGGUCCUGUGGCUGUGCUGCAAACACGCCAGCACACGUCUGCAACGUCGCAGACUUUGGAUUGCAAGAAUGAUCGGACGAGAACUGGCUGCGAAUUAUGUCAGCGCAUGUCUUCAGUAUUGCUGUAGCUGUGCUGCAAAACAUCCCAGUGCAUUCCUGUAAUACUACUGUGUUUGCAUGCACACGCGCUUUGAAGAAUCAUAGGAGGCCAGACAAGAAGUGGUAAGAAUGGAGAGGAGGAAAGGACAUGGGAGAGUGAGAGGGGGAGGGGAAAUUCUAGUGGCUUGGAGUUCGCCUGCAUGGUCAUAUGCACACAAUAAACAUGCAGUUGUAUG